GGUCUUGCUAGAACAUGCAUGUUCGUGAAAGCGUUAUUUUUUCUUCUUGUUACUACUUUGAACCCCCUGCCAUGUGAUUAGCACUGCAGUUCUACUAUGUGCUGGAGGCAAAAUGCACUGAGAAUAAUACCCAACGUUUGAUGAAAAGAAUAGGAAAAAAACUUUCUGCAGUAAGAAACAUGAUUGAAAAAUCCUGCUGGGAGUAGGGUAGAACUGAAUAACUGAACAAAACGAGAGAUUAUUCUUGACAGGCUUAAGUGGGUCAAAGUUUUUUAAAUGUUGCAUUGAUUGAGUAACUUGUCACUUUUUUCCUGCAGUUUUCUUGAUUACUCAAGGGGAAAAUCCAGAUUCACCAGUUGUUGUUGGACAGAACACAGUUCUAUUCCAGAAUGCCAGCAACAGCAUAUACUUAUAUAAAGUAGCACUGAUUCUAAUUAGAUUUUCACUACUGGCAAUGUCACAUGAGCUGUUCUUCAGAAGCUAGCUUUCAUUCAGAAGAAAGUAAAACAAGAAUAAUAGAAACCAUGGAGGCUCACAAGAAUGGACUAUGCUACCAGUGAAAGAACUUGUGGGUUCGUAUGUCCUGGGAAAGAGACUCCAGCGAAAUACGCUACAAGAGGCUUCAACACUUGCUUGAAAAAAGCAACAUAUACUCAAAAUUCUUGCUAACUAAAAUGGAGCAGCAGCAGCUGGAGGAGCAGAAAAGGAAAGAGAAAUUAGAAAAAAAAAAAGAGAUGUUACUAAAAGCGUCAAUGAAUCAGAAUCUAACUGAUGGAAAAGAGGAGAAAACUGCUGUGAAGAAAAAGAAAAAAAGAGGAAGAGAAGAUGAAACUUACUACAUUUCAGAAGUCAUGUCCAAAGAGGAAAUCUUGUCAGUGGCCAAAAAAAGCAAAGUAAUAAAUCAGGAUGAAAGCUCUUCUUACAAACUGUGUGCAGAAGACUUACAGAAAAAUGAAGACUCUAAUAGUGUCAUUAAAGAUAGAUUGUCACAAGCUGUACGACAUAAUGCCAAACACUUCCUUGAUCCAGUACGGAAAUUUAAUGGGCAGCCAAUACCCUUUCAACAGCCAAAGCUUUUUUCGGGAGGUGUUAUGAGGUGGUACCAAGUUGAAGGCAUGGAAUGGCUCAGGAUGCUUUGGGAAAAUGGCAUCAAUGGCAUUUUGGCUGAUGAAAUGGGACUAGGAAAAACAAUCCAAUGUAUUGCUACAAUAGCACUGAUGGUAGAGAGAGGAGUCCCUGGACCAUUCUUAGUAUGUGGUCCUUUGUCUACUCUUCCUAACUGGAUGUCUGAGUUCAAGAGAUUCACUCCAGAGAUUCCCAUAAUGCUGUACCAUGGAGCCCAGCGUGAACGUCAUAAAUUGGUUCAAAAAAUUCACAAGCGAGAUGGUUCACUGCAAAUUCACCCUGUGGUCAUUACCUCGUUUGAAAUAGCCAUGAGAGACAGGAAUGCAUUGCAGCAUUGCUUCUGGAAAUAUCUGAUCGUGGAUGAAGGACAUAGAAUUAAGAACAUGAACUGUCGUCUUAUCAGGGAAUUAAAACGAUUUAAUGCUGACAAUAAACUUCUGCUAACAGGUACUCCCUUGCAAAACAACUUGGCAGAACUUUGGUCACUACUUAACUUCCUGCUGCCGGACGUAUUUGAUGACUUGAAAAGCUUUGAGUCCUGGUUUGACAUUACAAGCAUUACAGAAAUUGCUGAAGAUAUUGUCGCUAAAGAAAGGGAGCAGAACAUCUUACACAUGUUACACCAGAUUUUGACACCUUUCUUAUUGAGAAGAUUGAAAUCUGAUGUAGCUCUUGAGGUUCCUCCUAAACGAGAAGUUGUGGUGUAUGCGCCGCUGGCAAAGAAACAAGAAACCUUCUAUACUGCUAUUGUAAAUCGGACCAUUAAAAAGCUACUUGGAAAUAAAGAGGAAGAAGUGGUCGAGUUGAGUCCUACAGGACGGCCAAAGCGCCGGAGUCGAAAAGCAGUUGAUUACCGUGAACUAGAUGGUGAUACACCUGAUGAGCUGGAAAAACUGAUCAACAAAAUGCAAGAGGAAGUAGAAAAAGAAAGGCCGGUGAUAGAAAUGACCAUUCCCAUGGAUUCAGAAGUCAAUCUUAAACUGCAGAAUAUUAUGAUGUUACUGAGGAAAUGCUGCAACCAUCCAUAUCUCAUUGAAUAUCCACUGGACCCUGCCACACAGGAAUUUAAGGUUGAUGAAAAUCUAGUGAAAAAUUCAGGCAAAUUCCUGCUUUUGGAUCGCAUGCUGCCAGAACUGAAAAAGAGGGGACACAAGGUGUUGCUGUUCUCACAAAUGACACUGAUGUUGGACAUUUUGAUGGAUUAUUGCUAUCUGAGGAAUUACAAGUUCAGUCGUUUGGAUGGAUCCAUGUCCUAUACAGAGAGAGAGGAAAAUAUGCAUAAAUUUAAUAUAGAUCCUGAAGUGUUCAUAUUUUUAGUGAGUACACGGGCUGGAGGUCUGGGCAUUAAUUUGACUGCAGCAGAUACGGUCAUCAUCUAUGAUAGUGACUGGAACCCCCAGUCUGACCUUCAAGCCCAAGACAGGUGUCACAGAAUUGGUCAGACAAAGCCAGUUGUUGUUUAUCGCCUCGUGACAGCAAACACUAUUGACCAGAAGAUUGUGGAGAGAGCUGCUGCCAAAAGGAAGCUAGAGAAGUUGAUAAUUCAUAAAAAUCAAUUUAAAGGUGGUAAAUCUGCGUUAAUCCAAACAAAGAGCUGCUUAGAUCCUGAGGAAUUAAUGGAAUUGCUGAAAUCCAGGGACUAUGAAAGAGAGGUUAAAGGAUCCAGAGAGAAAGUAAUAAGUGACAAAGAUCUAGAAUCACUGCUGGAUAGAAGUGACCUUAUUGACCAAAUGAAAAAGUCAGAAUCAGUUGAAAAGGAAAAAGUGGGAGUGUUCAAAGUCCUAGAAGAUAUGGAAGACUCCACUACAGAAUGUGUAUUUUGAAGUGCAGCUAGCUUCUAAAAGUGCAGCCCCAACUUCUUGUGACCUAGCAGUAGAUCUUGCAAGGCCAUCAUUUAUUUACAGAGACUCUUCAGUAUGCAGAUUUUUUUUUUUUUUUUCAAAGCCUGGUACAAAUCCUUUUUCUUUUCAGGGAGUUGUAACAUGUCAGGUGCUGUACUUCAUGAUGUAGCAUACCUAAAAAGGUCAUACUUGUAAACCUCACACAAAGAAUUAAGAAACCAUUUUUCAAGUGUUUUACGUAGCUUUUGUGAUCCUGUGCUACACAUUGCCAGGUUUGUACAAAAUCUUCCUGUGGAAGUCUUGCACAACCAAUUUUAUUUUUCUGUGUAAGCUGCCCUAAUGUGUCAAUUGUGAUGUUAUUGGGAAGGGGAAAACUAUCUAGUAUACUUGUUUACAACUGAUCGUGUAGCUUCAGUUUUAAAUUUUGCAAAAUAUUUUGCUAAUAAAUUUGCCUGUUUUGUCAUGUGAUUUUAUUAGGGGAGAUAAGGGAGAGGAGCGCUCUACAAGAACAUCUUAUGUAAUCAUGCCUCUUUCUGUGGGCAUUGAUCUGUGCCAUACCCUAAUUUCAUCUUGUAGUGGCAAGUGCCCAGAGUUACAAAUUUUUCAGUGAUUUAUGUAUACUAUGCAAGUUCCAUGUAUGACUGUUCUCUAUUCUUAGGGUAAUGAGCUAAAGCAAUCAGUCAUCUUAGAUUGUAUGCCCUAAGCAUGGAAUUUGCUACAAACUGAUAUUUCAGUAUCUCUGCUUAAAUAAAUCAAAAAAUCCUC